UUACUCACAACUGUCGGUUGGACCGAGCGGACGGACGUCUAUAGGAUCCCAAAGAUGGCGGCUACUGGAGGAAGAGGAGAUGGCGAGAAGGAGAGAGGAAAGAAGAUGAAGAGAGAAGAGGAGGACGAGGAGGAGGAGAAGAGAGGAGAUGAGAGGAAGAAGAAAGAGGUGAGCGAGGAGCUGAAGAGAGGAAAGAAGAGGAAGAGAGAAGAGAGCGAGGAGGUGGAGAAGGAGAGAGGAGCGAAGAGGAAGAGAGAAGAGGAGCGCGAGGAGGAGGAGAAGAGAGGAGAUGAGAGGAAGAAGAAAGAGGUGGGCCUGGCAUCAGUCCCCGGCCGAAACAACUACGUCGCCAUCAAAGGUAUCACCAAAACAGCGGACAAUGCAGCAAUCCUACAGAGAGAGCGACGGAUACUCCUGCUGGCCCGAGACUGCCCGUUCCUGUGUCACCUGUAUGCUGCACAGCAGUCUCAGGACCAUGCCUUCUUCAUCACCGAGUACCUGUCCGGCGGCAGCUUGGAGGCUUUACUCAGAGUGUACAGCAGUCUAAACAUCGAAAUAGUAAGAUUCUUCACAGCAGAGAUUGCAUGUGGCCUCCAUUUCCUUCACAGACAGAACAUCGUCCACCGAGAUAUCAAGCCAGAUAACAUCAUGCUGGAUCGAGAUGGACACAUCUGCAUCAUAGACCUCGGACUUGCCCAAGAUGGCGUCACCUCCUCCAACAAGAUCCAAGGAGUGACGGGCACAUUACUUUACAUGGCCCCAGAGGUGCUCCAGAGGAAGAGUUACCAUGCAGCGGUUGACUGGUGGAGCCUGGGGAUUGUUGUAUCCCGGAUGUCAGCAGGACGUUCCCCAUUCUACUUUGGCUGCGACAGAGAAAUGGCUCGCGAUUCCAUCACCAGAGAGAAGCCUAAUAUUCCAUCUUGGCUCCCUGCUGACCUGAAACAUCUCAUCAAACAACUGCUGCACAAGAAUCCUGAGAAGCGGCUGGGUGUGAACAGGAACAUCAGAGAACAUCCAUUCUUCACCACCAUCAACUGGGAGGAACUGGAGCAGAAGAGAGCACAGCCGCCAUUUACACCAUUCGAGGCAGCUCUGAAGAAGGGAGACCUGCGGUGGUCAGAGGUAGAGACAGCUCUUCACCCCUUGGAAGGAUUCUCCUUCAUAGCUCCAAGCUGGGAAUGGUAAGAUCAGCCCACGGCCCAGAGCUCUGUACCAUCUGAGUGCUGCACCCAGGAGCGGCCUGUGCUUGUAACACCUCAGCACAGACCUGGUAAGUAUCACACAUCAUCACACAUACAUUAGGAUCACACACAUACAGGUAGAUAGAAAUAUACACACAGGUACAUAUAUAGAUAGUAUAGACACAUACACACAGACACACACACAACAGAUAGGGGUAGAUAUCGGCUCUGAUCCUGGGACUUGUUCCGAUCGCCAUAUUUGGGGUCAGGAAGGAAUUUUUCCCCUUUGAGGACAAUUGGCUUAUUCCUCAAGGUUUUUUUUUGCCUUCCUUGGGAUCAUCUCAGCCAUAAAUAGGUCAAGUAUGAUAAAUCUUUAAUUUAUUACUAAAUAUUCCCACAAAUAAAAUAAUAUAAAAAUAAAUUAUAAAAAAAAAGGUAUAGCAUAUAAAGUAUUUAUAAUAGAGGUGCACCGAAAUGGAAAUUUCAGAACCGAAACGAAACCGAAAUAAAAAAAAUGUCUGUCCGAAACCGAUACCGAAAAUGACUUCUCCCCGUCUUCUGGUAAAAUGCAGCGCUCCGCCCCGCAAUAGUAGGCAGCUCCCCCGCAAUAGUAGGCAGCUCGCCCGCAAUAGUAGGCAGCUCCCCCGCAAUAGUAGGCAGCUCCCCCGCAAUAGUAGGCAGCUCCCCCACAACAGUAGGCAGGUUCCCAAAUUAGGUCAGCAUUUCCCCCACAAUAGUAGGCAGGUUCCCCACAAUAGUAGGCAGCCCCCCCCCCCAACAAUAGUAG